AGCUACAUAGGCGCAUUGGAACUCUUAGGCGUUUUUUUGUCUUCCAUUAGGACCACGCUACCAAUUGUUUAAUCCAUGCUAGGUCUCUUACUCCUUACCCUAUCAAAAAGUUUACGCAUACCGGUACGCAGCUAGCUUUCAGUUUACGCCAUGUCAAAGCCAGCGGCAAAAGGGAAACUAGAUAAGUUCAUGGGCAUGCCCCUUGGAGACCCGGAUGAAUCUGACGAUGUGGACUCGGCUUCUAACAGCGGUAGCGACUAUGAGGACGCGAAAGAGGACCAGAAGCUUCCAAAAAAGAAACCUGUGUUAAGCGUGGAAGACUUGGAGAGGGCUGGAUACAAAAGCGGUCCCAGCGUCCUGUUUAUUAAGCCACCCUCAGAAACGGGCCCGCAGAAUUGGAACUGGUCCAACGGGCGUGCAGCGAAGGAGCGGGAACAGGAUGGCGAUGGCGAGGACCGAGCGGCCACGCGAGAGGCCGCCACCAAGGAUGUGGAGCAGAGCGCUGAGCUGGCGGUGAAAGCCAUGGAGCACGCGGCUCGGCUGCGUGAGGGGGCGCGACAGGAGCGGGAGGAAGCCAAGCAGGCGCGGAUGGCCAAGGAAAAGCAGCACGCGACCUUUAACCAAAAGGAAAAACGGAAACGUGACGCUGGGCAGUCCUCGCGCGGCAAGAACUAUGUGGAGGAAUCCAAGCGGCAAGCACGAGAGUUCGGUGUCUACUCUGGCUUUGACUGAGCGCCAUGUGCAAGCCUGCUGCUUUUCGGCCUCCGGGAUUGCUAUAUCGUCCUACUUCACCUAGACCCUGUUGGCCCAAAUCAGCGGUCGGUGACAGCCUAUGCAAUAGCCCCUGGCCAAUAGCCAUCUUCCGUGUAAUGGCGAUCGACAUG